GGGCGUGUCCCUCCUCCCUCUCUCCCUCUCUCACCGCUGCUGCAGAUCGAUGUUGUCGGUGUUUGUACGCUACCUGAGGACGGAACCCUAACCUGUGGAUCCUUUCCCAGCAGCAGCAGCAGCGCCAUGGGGAUCUCCGCGUCCAGUCUGCUGGAUGAGACCAAAUGCAACUACAUCAAAGGCCAGGCCGAGGCCGAGCUAAAGGAGUUCAGUCCGUACUACACAAAGCAGUUCUCUCUGGCUCGUUUCUCCGAGGUAGAAGACGAUCUGGAGCAGCACAAAGAGAAGAUCACACAGCUGCUCAAACAGAGGGGGACUCCUGAGCAGGGCGAGGUGCUGUAUGAGGAGUGUGUCCUUUUCUUUGAUGAGACCAGGAAGUGGAAGGAGAGGUACGUGGUGGUCAGAGCCAACUACUGCCUGGAGUGUCACGACAGCCUGGAGACUUUUGUGAAAGGGAUUCCUCCCCGUCAGACGCUGCUGCCCACAGGGGGCACUGUCCUGACCUCAGACGACAAGUACAUGGCCAUGGUGGACACGUGCUUCCCUGAUGACACCAACGUGAAGGAGGACUUCACUCCGCCUCUGUCGGGGAUGCCUGCACAGUUCCCCGUCUACCUGCGUCUGCCCUACAGGAGAGACUCCUACUUCUGCUUCAGACAAGAGGCCAAAAGAGCUGCCUUCCUCUCCAUCCUGUCCGACUGCAUCCGACACCAGAACCAAGACUUCCUGAAGAAGAAGACGUGUGAAGUGCAGGCCUUCCUCAAAGCCAUCCAGCUCUACAGACAGGACAAAGGCAAAUACGAGGCCUGGGACAUGCUGAUAGGGAGCGAUGUCAGGGUGAUGGCCAACGUGGUGAUGGAGCAGCUGCUGCCGUCUCUUGAGAAAGACAUGCUGCCUCGCCUCAAAGCCAAGAAGACGGAGAGGAAGAGAGUCUGGUUUGCUACGGUUGAGGCGGCGUACAUCCUGGUCCAGGAGCAUCUGCUGGAGGGACUCUCGGCACUGAAGGACGAAUGUCGAAUGUCAGUCCGGCAGCAGGAGGUGCUCAUCCACUCCGACAUGGACCAGAUCCUCAACUCCAGACACCAGCUGGAGGAAAGAGUCCGAGCCAAAGUGUCGGAGCGGGCGGAGAAGCUGUGCUCCGAGUCCGUCCAGCCGUACCUGGCCUCAGUCCUGGAGGAGCUGAUGGAGCCGGUCAGCUCUGGCUUCCUGGAGGGACGGCAGCUGAGCGAACACGCCAUGGACCAGGUGUGUCAGGACGUCCUGCAGCUGGUAAACAAAGAGGAACUGAAGAAGGCUCUGGCGGACAUGGCCAGACCCAACAUGUUGGGCUGCUACCAGAAGAUCGGCUCCCUGCAGGAGAAACUGCAGCACCUGCAAGAGAGAUUUGGUUUCUCCAACAUUUCAGGAGUGAUCCACAGCGCUCAGAUCGACCUGCAGCAGCUGGCUGAGAACACAGCCUACACGUUCGAGCAGCUGCUCAACAAAGCCGUCCAGGACAACCCCGAUAACCCCGGCUCUGCCAUCGAGAAGGCCAAACACAGAGUGCUCAAGCAAUACGACUAUGACAGCAGCACAGUGAGGAAGAGGAUCUCCAGGGAGGCGCUCGUCUCCAUCACUCUGCCCUUCAUCAAGAAGAACCUGGCGUCCUGCAAACCUGAGCUUCAGGGUCUCGAGCAGUCAGUCGACGCCGACCACACCAACUACAUCCAUGUUGAGAAUGUCUAUGAGAGCAUCCUCCUGCAAUCGCUAGACAAGGAGGUCAUCAAAGUGGUGAAGGAGGCGGCCAGCCUGAAGAAGUACAACCUGUUCACAGACAGCAGAGACCUGCUGAGUCAGUCCAGCCGCUCCAGCCUCUCCUCUCCGCCCGUCUCCACUCCGGGCACCCCGGCCAUGGGGCUCGGCUCCUCAUCUGAAACCUCCGUUGAGCCCGAGCCUCCGUUUCCUCUCGCGGCCAACGGCCUGUCUCGCAGCCCGCCGAAGAAAGGGUCGCCGGAGAAGAGCGAAGCCUCGCCUGACGCGCCCGUUAUUGACGUGCCCGUUAUUGACACGCUCGUUAUUGACACGCCCGUUAUUGACACGCCCGUUAUUGACACGCCCCUGGGGAAGGUUGAACAAAAAGAUGCCGCUCAGAGUGUCAGUGAGGAAGCAGCUGAGGACGUCUUCCAAAUCGUGGAGGCAGAAGCAGGCACCCCUGCGUUAGCAGAUGCGUCCGACCUAAGCGGGUCACAGGAGGUCAACGCAGAAGCAUCUCCAGAGGCCGUGAUCCAAAAGGAUGAGAUUUCUGUCGAAACAGAAACAGUGGAGACGGUCGCAGAGCCUCAGGUGCAGAGGACAGAUGCUCCAAAAGAGGCAGAAGUCACUUUGUCAGAAAUCCCUGUUGUUGUAGAGAGCAUAAAGACAGAUGUAGAAGAAGCAGCACAGAUGGAAGCUCCUGUACCAAGUUCUGGUCCUCCUAAUGAACCAGCAAUCCCUUCAGCAGAGAGCACUGGUUCCCAAACUGCAGCCAGCAGUGAAGGAGAGACAAACUGUGGAAGUUCAGAAAUCAAGUUGGAGGCUCCCUCUAGUGGUCAAACCCCCGAACUCACAUCUGCAGACAUCUGCUCUGGCACGAGGCAACAGGAGGCAGAACCAGUGACCCCCUCAGACCCCAAUUCUAUGGACGUGUUGGUGGGAAGCGAGUCGGCCCCGUCAGAGGUGGAGUCCGUGGAGGAUGUGAAAACAGCACAGAGCAGCGGGGAUGAGGCCUCAACGACCUCCGACGUCGGCAGAUCACCUGUGAGCUCGGUCGAUGUCGUCGGGGUCAAAGCCACGAGCGACAAGCCGUCUCCUGAGGCCCAGACGGAAGUGCAGGUGGCAGAUGCUGCAACCUCUCAGCCUUCUGAGCCCCCCGAGGAGGAGAGCACUGAAGUCCAGCCCGCUGGCUGCAUCAAGGAGAUCCGUGACCUGGUGGUGGAGGUGAUCGAGGUGGAGGAGCUGGUGCAGCGGUACCCCGACAUAGUUCCAAAAGAGGAGGAAUGAGGCAUCAGGAUCGAUCACAGCUGCAUUACGGAUCUCUCAGCAAAGACGGGGGACAAAAAGGGUUCAGGAUGUUCUGCUCAAGGGGAACCAAAUCAUUACCAGAAGAGAACCUUCAGCCUCAAACUCCUGGACUCAAAACAUUUGCUCUCAGAGCAGAAGCAGGAAAAACAAAGACUCCUGAGAAACUUUCACAAAAGCUUCCAUGAACCUUUUUUCUUUUUUUUUAAAAACAUAUAUGCAUGAAAUUAUUGCAAAUUAUUUAUACAAAUCAAUAUAUCAGCUGUGUCGGGUGUAUAUAACAAGCAUGUCGGUUUCAUUCAGUGAAUUCCUUUUAACACUACAACUAUUGUAGCGCCAAAAUGUUUUUGAAAAUCCAGAUUUAGAACUUUCUGGAAAAUGCAUUAUGCUUUUGUAGAUUACGUAUCUAUUUCAAAGGAACAGUUCGACAUUUUGGGGAAUGUUGUUAUGCACGUUUUCUCUGAGAGCAGGAUGUGACGAUGGACAUCAAUCUCCGUAUAUAAUGUCCACGAUGAGUCAGAACGUUGUUAGCUUAGCUUAGCGCGGGAGGUGGCCACAUUUGAAAAUAUACCUACAAACACACCAUUUUAUUAAUCUCUCAGCUCUACAGGCAGACAAGAGAUUUGUAGCCAUCUGAAUAUCUCACAAAAAAGAAAAAUUAAUGAAUUCCCUAAAAUACGAUUCCUGAAACACUGAGUUUUAAAUGGUUUAGAAACUGCUAUAACGGAUAUUUAAAUAUAUUAGACUACACGCCCAAAUGUCAUAAUAAAG